AUGGCAUUCACCCAGUUUUUACAAGGCCAGCGCAACCGGUUUAAGAAGCUGUCGGCGUCAUCAUCGUCGUCGCUGGCAGCGUCGCUGGCGCUGCCGAGCUCGGCUCCGGCUCAGCCCCGGCCGCAACAAGCGGCGAAACCAGUUCUGAAACCAUCACUGAAACAAGUGGUGGCUCCAGUGGUGCAACUGUCGCCGCUGUCGACGACGGUGGACUCAGCGCCAUCGUUGUCGCAACCGCUGUCGCAGCCGCUGUCGCAACCAUCCUGGAACACGUUGGCGCCGGCGUUGGCGCCGCUGCCGCUCGGGCUCGACCCCGUCAACGCCGCCACCGGCGCCCCGGAAAAGGCGCCGCCGAUGGUCCACACCAUGCUGAUGCUGCUGCGCCUGUCGCUGGACCCGCUGACGGAGCUGCCGCCGGCGCUGCCCCGCGGCGUCCGGCGCCUUUCCGAGAGAAUGAAGGCGACGCCGUCGCUGCUCCACCGCCACCUGAGGGUGUUUACUCCCAGUUCGCCUUAUGGCGCUAACGGCGCCAACGGCGCCAACGGCGCGAAUGGCGGCGCCAAUGGCGCCAGCGCCAACGGGUCGCUGGGGGCGCUGCGGGCGCUGGCGCUGCACGCCCAGUUUAACCGCCAGAUGACGGAGCUGUUACCGCCGCCGUUGCGCCCCAUCGUUACGUUGUUACACGCCCACCGCCUCCGCAUCUAUAACGUCGGGGUGUUUCAAGUGCCCGGGUAUACCAGCGAUGGCGAACGGGUGUGGCUUGAAGUGGAAGCGAAAUUGACGGGAACCGAACUCGCGAUCUGGCGCCCGCAGCUGGCGGAAGAGGAGGUGGCAUUCACCGAGUUCAGACCGAAAUAUAUCAACAUUGUCGACGCUAAAAUCAACGUGGUCAACAGCGGGGCGCUGUUUGAAUUGAAAAUCCAAACUGACUAUACCCCCGCCAACGACGUCGUCGUCAGAUUCCGCGAUUCUAAGGAUUACGUUAAGUGGUUAGCAGCCCUCUACUUGGCCCGGUUCGAACACGACCUGCUCAACGAAGCGUACACAGCAGUAAUACUAUCGCUGAGAGGGGCUCAACUCGCCGAUAUCCACGUGUUGUUAGCUCAAAAGAAGCGGUUCCCUUCUGAAGAAUGGUGUAACGUUCGCUGGCCGCAAAUCUCCGACCGCUGGCUUAAAGUGUUCGUGGUGAUUGUCCCCGGCGAUUCCAAGCAUUUGGGGAGAAUGGAACUCUACGCCUCCGAUAAGAUCAGUAAGCGCAACCUUAUUGCCUACGUUGACCGGCUUGAUCAGGUGUAUAACGUGUAUCCUGAACUGCCGGCUAUGAUUGACUUUAAUGCGAUUAUGGCUCUUAAUGGUGAUAUCUACGUCAAUAAGCACUUUGAACACCUCUUUGACGCUGAAGUGGCCCCGCCACAGAGACUGUUUACCCUCAAGGGCAUUUCCCGCUCGGAUUCAUGGCACUCGUUGUCCUCGUUAAAGAGUGAUGCGACGCCGCCAGCAACGCCAAAAAACCACCAUAAACGCACCAACCUGGGCCUGCUGGUACUGCUGCUGCUGUUCUUCUCGCUGGCCCCGUCGCCCCAGCCGCCUACAAGCCACAAACAUAAGGGGAGACGCCACCGCGCCCAUACGUUAGCCGAGGGAGAAAACGUCGAAAACACUCCGAAACGGACGCUGCUGUUUGUUAAGAAGAACUUGGACCAGUUCGCUACCACCAGCCACUGCUAUCUCAUGCCGUUAACUCACCCGGGAGUGCCCGCCAUCGAAACGAUGAUCAGAAACUAUAUCCACAUCAUCGAUGCGUUUAAGCUCUACGGCCGUCCCAAGCAGUUGGCGCUGGAUAAACUGGACCCGCAACUGUUGUUAUUCGCCUUACCCCUGUUGCCCCACUACCAGUACCUUUCCCGCGACGCUCUGACGAAAUUAGUCGACAAAAAGCUCACCCCCGCCAUCGAGGCUAACUGGAACUACCAGCGGUGGCGCCAGGAGUUCAAGGCCUAUUUGCGAGAUCGAGUGCUCCAAGGGUAUAGGGGCCACGGCGACGUGCUGAAACUCUAUCAAAACUUGGACUACUCGGUGUUUGACGCCCCGAUCUCCCCCACGUUGCCUGACGACGGCUACCUGGAACUGGCGUACACGUUGCUGCCGCCGCUGUACCUGCGGCUGCUGACCCCGGCCACCGACAGCCCCGUCGCCGUCGACCUCGACUACGACACCGCCCGCAAGUACACGGCGCUGCCGCUUCUGGCCUCCUACCGUUGA